CACUCGCUUUGAAAAUGUGUGAAGAUUGCGUGAAGGAAGAGUUUCCAGAUCGGGGCAGUAUGUGUGUGGACAAUGGGUCAUACAUGGUGAACUAUGCCCAGUGUGCCGACUGUAAGAAUCGGGGAGAGGUGAAGGUCAUCAACAGAGUUUGCAGUGAGGAGGAAAACGGGGAUGAAGUCAUCACAUAUCAGCAUGUGUGCAAGUCCUGUGAGCAUGUCAUCGCAGAUCAUGAAUACAUUUUCCGAGUUGAGGCUGAUUAUCAGGUGUACGAGAUGUCCUGUAUACUAUGUGGGAAUGGCGAGGACGAGAGAAGCAUAUUGCCUGUUGAUCCCCAGAAACAGCUAACAAUUUUCUGACAAUUGGUCAUGGUGAUUGUGUGAAGGAAUGCUUUCAGUUUGAAACUUGUCCGUGAUGUUGAUCGACUCAUGUCAAUAUUGAUGGAACACGUGACACAUUAUCUGUGUCCCAUAGCUUGUGUAGGUCGUGGACAGUCUGAAGCACUGGAAGUAUGCUGUGGAUUCGUCUUAGGACUGUGUCAUGUGGCACCCACCCAACUCACACACAUCCAGGCCUGACCUCAUAGGUUCCUCCAAACACAUCCAGGCCUGGCAUCAUGGUUGCCUCCAAACACAUCCAGGCCUGGCAUCAUGGUUGCCUCCAAACACAUCCAGGCCUGACCUCAUGGGUUCCUGCAAACACAUCCAGGCCUGACCUCAUAGGUUCCUCCAAACACAUCCAGGCCUGACCUCAUAGGUUCCUCCAAAGACAUCCAGGCCUGGCAUCAUGGUUGCCUCCAAACACAUCCAGGCCUGACCUCAUGGGUUCCUGCAAACACAUCCAGGCCUGACCUCAUAGGUUCCUCCAAACACAUCCAGGCCUGACCUCAUAGGUUCCUCCAAACACAUCCAGGCCUGACCUCAUGGGUUCCUCCAAACACAUCCAGGCCUGACCUCAUGGGUUCCUCCAAACACAUCCAGGCCUGACCUCAUAGGUUCCUCCAAACACAUCCAGGCCUGACCUCAUAGGUUCCUCCAAACACAUCCAGGCCUGACCUCAUAGGUUCCUCCAAACACAUCCAGGCCUGGCCUCAUGGGUUCCUCCAAACACAUCCAGGCCUGACCUCAUGGGUUCCUCCAAACACAUCCAGGCCUGGCAUCAUGGUUGCCUCCAAACACAUCCAGGCCUGACCUCAUAGGUUCCUCCAAACACAUCCAGGCCUGACCUCAUGGGUUCCUCCAAACACAUCCAGGCCUGACCUCAUAGGUUCCUCCAAACACAUCCAGGCCUGACCUCAUGGGUUCCUCCAAACACAUCCAGGCCUGACCUCAUAGGUUCCUCCAAACACAUCCAGGCCUGACCUCAUGGGUUCCUCCAAACACAUCCAGGCCUGGCCUCAUGGGUUCCUGCAAACACAUCCAGGCCUGGCCUCAUGGGUGCCUCCAAACACACCCAGGCCUGACCUCAUGGGUUCCUCCAAACACAUCAAGGCCCGACCUCAUUGGUUCCUCCAAACACAUCCAGGCUUGACCUCACGGGUUCCUCCAAACACAUCCAGGCCUGACAUCUUAGUACCUGCAAAAUGCCCAUGUCUGAUGGUUUUUAAAAUAUACCAUGCCAGACUUUAUUGGUACCUCCAAACUCACCUGAUGUGUUUCAGACCAACAACUAUUAUAGCUGUAGUAUUAGUGCCUCACCACACAGAACAGUCCAUCUGAAGCUUUGAAGGGCAGUCGGGUAGCCUAGUGGUUAAAGCGUUCGCUUGUCACGCCGAAGACCCGGGUUCGAUUCCCGACAUGGGUACAAUGUGUGAAGCCCAUUUCUGGUGUCCCCCACUGUGAUAUUGCUGGAAUAUUGCUAAAAGCGGCGUAAAACCAUACUCACUCACUCACUCACUGAAGCUUUGAAUGAAGUACAUGCACAGACGUUACCAGGCAUAUUAAGCUAGACUUUCUAUGCAGCUUGCAAGUAAUUGUCUGUUUAUUGCAUGUUAUGUCCAUCAAGUUAAAUAAGAAAUGAAUGUUAUCCGCUGGUAAAACUGACCCUCUUGAGUUUUGAUUGUUGAUUGGUGGUAGCAUUUCAAAAACUAGUAUUCGAAAUAGAAAUGAAAUUGUAAAAACAUAUUUAUCUGAAGUGAAAUGUAUUGUCGAUAUAAAUAAAAAAAGAAAGAAAUUUAACAAAGGUGCUGCUUGAAGCUAAUUUGGAUGUUUCUUUACAAGAGACUGGACAUUUAU